AUGGUGAUAGUACAAGCAAGGAGUAUUUCUAGGAAUCAUGAGCCCAUCGGCUUUGAUCAGUCACUUCCUGGAUCUGCUCUUCUUGACGAUAACCAUGAUGAGUGGUACCACAAAGUAGGUCUCAUGCAGGCUGAUGGCCUGGACCAGCUCGCAAAAGUCAGCGCAGGCCACCGUCACUCUGGUGAUCCGUUCCGGGGACAUACUGAAAACAAGGCCUUCACAUGUGAAUCCAAUCCUAGCACCCGCUCGUAUGCGGGAUAUGACCCCAAAGUGCCUAUCGCGAAUAUCUUUUCACCGACACCGACAAUGACAAUGAAUAUUGCUGCAUAA